CCGCCACAGGACUUUUCUAUUUUCGACUACCCCUUUGUCUUCGAUGGCGCUGCAAAGUCAAAGAUGCUCUCCCUGGAAGCCAAGUUGACAAUGGUGAUGGCAAUUAAACAAGCCCAGGUCGAAAACCUUGGACCCUUCGCUGCCAUCUUUUCGGAGGCCUACAAGCCUGUCCUCCUCUUCCAGGUCUCGCGUACAGACCUCGUCCCCAGGACUCUGCAGUGUCUGGCUAGUUGCAGUCCGGCAGACCUUAAACGUCCGCUCAAGGUUGAAUUCGAUGGUGAGGAGGCCGUUGACGAUGGAGGCGUCCUGAAGCAUCGAAACCUUAUCAAUUUUUGUGUAUGA